AUGCCGGAUGCUAAACAUGCCCUCGUUCCCUCGUUGCCUCGCUCUUGUCUCCGUCUCCGUCUCCGCUUCCCCCUCCUCCUCCGCCAGCCAAAGCUCGACAUCGCAUCUCUCCACAUCAAUCCCGUCGGCGACUCCGUCUCACACAGGUUUGGGACCGCAGCUCACAACCCGCAUCCAACAGAGCAUCCACACAUCCACACAUCCACUCACCCACCCUCCCCCGGCCUCUUCCACGCCAUCAGCCUAAAAUCCGCCGACGCCUCGCCUUGUUGCGCUGCCGCAGCCGCUGUCGCAUUUCUCCCCUGCCCUGCCCCCAUCCAUUGCGUAUCUCGGCUCGGAUCUGCUAAAAACGUCACCACACAACCUUGUUGUAUUGACGGUUCCCAUGGCCACUUCCACUUCCACUUCCACUCCGGAGUACCUACAUCUACUUCAGUUCCCGCACUCGUCUCAAUCUCCCACCCUCUCCUUUACAUCCAUCGUCUGUUCCAACCAUCCAUUCUCGAGCCCGUGUGA